AAGCAAGGAUGCGGUUGCUGUUUAGUUAGGGAAAAAGCACCCGGGAAGAGGAGGGUGUCUUGUAUAUUUGGAAAAGAACAUUUAAAAAAAGACCUUAAAUCUUAAAUCGAGUUUCCCUACAGACUUCGAAAUCGGAGAGUAGGCAGGAGAAGACACGUAGGGGGCUGCUGCAAAUGGCAUAAAUCUUCGCUGAGACAACUUGGCUAAGAGUGGUUGAACGGAAAUUGAUUGCUGCUUUCUGGCUAUUGAGUGUUACUCUGGCAGUCCUGUGUGAUAUUCUGCAGGCAGGAAUCAUGCCGGCGUUAUCAACUGGACCUGGAAAUGACACAGGUCUGUAUGAACUGCUGGCUGCCUUGCCUUCUCAGCUCCAACCACAUGUGGACAGGCAGGAAGACCAGACCUUCCUUCAAGAGAUGUUUGGUGAAAAAAGUCUCCAUUCACUGAUGAAGAUUCAUGAGAAGCUCCAGCACUAUGAGAAGCAAUGCCCAUCACCUGUCCUUCACACUGCAGCCUCCUUGGCGGAAGAUCUGGCUGAGGAGCUGCAGAGCAAGCCAAUGGACAGCGAGACUCGAGAGCUGCUGAAGUUGCUGUCCAGACCGCAUGUCAAGAGUUUACUUUCUGUCCACGACACAGUAGCUCAGAAGAGCUACGACCCUGAAUUGCCUCCUUUGCCAGAUGAUAUUGAUGAUGAUGAAGAUUCAGUGAAGAUUAUCCGCCUGGUCAAGAACAAGGAGCCACUAGGGGCAACAAUAAAAAGAGAUGAAAACACAGGAGCUGUUGUUGUUGCAAGAAUAAUGAGAGGAGGAGCCGCUGACAGAAGUGGUCUAAUCCAUGUGGGGGAUGAGCUGAGGGAAGUGAAUGGAAUUCCUGUGGAGGAUAAGAAACCUGAGGAAAUCAUUCACAUUUUGGCCCAGUCACAAGGGGCAAUAACAUUUAAGAUCAUACCAGGCAUCAACGAGGACACAAACAGCAAGGAGCUCAAGAUGUUUGUCAGAACCCUUUUUGACUAUGAUCCUAAUGAGGACAAAGCGAUCCCAUGUAAAGAAGCUGGGCUUCCUUUCAAAAAGGGAGAUGUCCUUCAGAUCAUGAGCCAGGAUGAUGCAACCUGGUGGCAGGCCAAACUGGAAGGUGAUGCCAACCCCCGAGCAGGCCUGAUCCCUUCCAAACACUUCCAGGAGAGGCGAUUUGCACUGAGAAGGCCUGUAACCCUUGUUCAUCCUCAAAGAAAUUCAAACAGAAGAUUAUACGAGGGGACUGUUAACAGUGAAGAAAUGGAAGAAGAUGCUGAAAGUGGUCCCCAUGUAAACGGAUUCUACAUAGCUGGUUUACGGAGAAGCUUUCGACUCAGCAGAAAAGACAGAAAAACAAACAAGUCGAUGUACGAGUGCCAGAAGAGCGAGCAGUACGACAUGGCUGAUGUACCGACAUACGAAGAGGUGACCCCGUACCGGAGACAGUCCAGUGACAAGUACAGGCUGGUGGUGCUGGUUGGUCCUGUGGGAGUGGGAUUGAAUGAGCUGAAAAGGAAACUGCUGGUUUCCGAUCCCCAGCAUUACGGCGUGACAGUGCCACACACCACGAGAGCGAAGAGGAGCCAGGAGAGUGACGGUGUGGAAUACCACUUCAUCUCCAAGCACCUGUUUGAGACAGAUAUACAAAACAACAAGUUUAUCGAACAUGGUGAAUACAAAGGAAAUUAUUAUGGAACCAGCCUUGACUCUAUUCGCUCAGUGUUGAUGAAGAACAAGGUGUGCUUGUUGGAUGUGCAGUCACAUACGAUAAAACACUUAAGGACAUCAGAAUUUAAACCCUUUGUGAUUUUUGUGAAGCCACCGCCAAUCGAACGAUUGCGAGAAACCAGAAAAAACGGCAAGGUCAUCUCCAGCAAAGACGACAGGGGCUCUGCAAAGUCUUUCACGGAGGAAGAUUUUCAGGAAAUGAUCAGUGUAGCACAGAUGAUGGAGAACCAACAUGGCCAUCUGUUUGAAAAAGUCAUUGUGAACGAUGAUCUAGUGACAGCCUUUAAUGAGAUGAAGACUGUGUUGAAAAAGCUGGAAUUGGAGACUCACUGGGUCCCAGUGAGCUGGAUGCACUCUUAACAAAAAGGGAGGAACUAGAAUAUUUCACUUUCUCAAAAGCAUGCAACAUUUCACUUUCUCAAAAGCAUCCAACGUUUCACUUUCUUCAAGGCAUUAAAAAGCUCAAAAAACAUUCAAACAACACCUUAACUUGUUACUGUCUUACUUGACCUGAAUUCAGUUACUGACACUAGAUUGGUUUUUUGUUUUUUUAAAUAUACAGAAGUUAUCUUGUCAAAUGGAGUGCUUACAAGUUUAACUGCCAAUCAGCAGUGUGCCAGUAUGGUCUUGUUUCUUUGUAUUGUUUUAACGUUAGUUUUAGAAACCAAAGGGAUUCUUUUUCUGGAAUGUCAAAGGUUGUACAUUUUUUGCAUAUAAAGAACAGAUGAAUUGAUGUUAUUUAAACAUACAAACUUAAUAUAUUAUUUUAAUCAACUGCUUUUUAAAAACUACAUAUGCAUAUUUCCCAGCAACCUGUCUAUUUUUUUAUUUUUACAAUCACAUUUAAUACGUAGAUUAUAUAGUUGUAUAUUCUAAUGAUAUUUGAAUGAUUAACAGUAAAUGCCCCCCCUGGUCCAGUGGUGAUAUUUAUCAUCAACAUUAUUAAACACAAUAAAACUACAGUGGGGAAAAGUUCUCGUUAGAGUAGGGUUACUAGUUUGAGGGCGGUGGUUUAUAAAUGCACUGCUGUUAAGAUCAUUAUAAAAAUACACUAUGACCAGCAUUUUAAACAACUUUUUUUUUUUUUUUUGUAAAUGCUCUUUUGGGGAAUUUGUAAGAAAUUACUUGCAGAAGCUAAUGAUGCACCCAGUACCUAGUGUAAAAACUCCACCUUGCUUGCGGGUGUGAGGCAGUUUCUCUGGACAAGCUAUCUGGCUUUGGCUACCACUUCCUAGAGGUUUACUGAAACUUGGAUAAUUAGGGUGGAGUUGAUUUUUCUUGCUGUAUUUUUACAACAAGGAGUGUACUAUAAGUUUCAAAACAUUUCCAGAUUUGCAACUGAAGCAUAUGUUUAAUUGUGACUCCUGACAUAACAGGGUGUGUGAUUUUUAAUUUAAAACACACAAUUUUAAAUGUUGGUCACAUGGUGGUGGGCUGGUUGGGGGGGGGGGGGGGGGGGGUAAUAUGCAGUUAGGUAUAUCUGCAACACCUAGAAGUGAAGAAUUUUGUGAAAAACUGAAAGGAUGCAACAGGGAAAGUAUCUCUUGGUGUGUGUGUUUUAGAAGUGUCUGUUCUAGAUAUAGAUAUUUGCUUUGUACAGUCAUGCUCAACAUUCCAUGUACAGACAUGCUCAAAUUUGUUGGUACCCUUACAGCUCAUUGAAAUAAUGCUUCAUUCCUCCUUAAAAGUGAUGAAAUU